GAUUGUUCAGAGGGAAGGUAUCUGUAACAGUGUAACCGUUUAUAUGACUACGAAGGGUUCCAAAAAUGUCGGCCGGUGGUACACUUAGUAACUAUUAUGUUGAUGCUAUCAUGGGGCAUGAAGCAGAGGACGCUUAUGGGGCAAGGUUUGCACAAGGAGCACACAACACGACCUCAAGGCCAUCAGGUGUGGGAGAUAGUCUUGAUUUUUCUUCUUGUAGCUUUGCACCCAAAUCUGCGGUGUUUUCCACGUCUUGGUCCCCUGUUCACCCUCAGUCUAGUGCCGCAGUGUCGGGGAUCUAUCAUCCCUACAUGCACCAGUCACAUAUUGCCGCAGCAGAAAGUAGAUAUGUACGUUCCUGGAUAGAUCCACUCUCCACUUCGGUUUCUUUUUCUGGCUUCCACCCGAACAGUCGGCAUUACGGGAUCAAGCCAGAAACUUUGCCAUCAUCCAAGAGGACUGAGUGCUCUUCUUUUGAGGAACAGGCUCCAAGCAUCCCCGACUUCACGAGCGCCUCUUUUUCGGAAAGUAAGGACAAGCCAGCCAAAGCGAAAGAGCCUUUUAGCAGCGACAUUUCCAGCAACAGUGAGCUCAAGGAGGAAAUCCAACAGCAACUUGACCCAAGCAACCCUGCUGCAAAUUGGAUCCACGCCCGCUCGACAAGGAAGAAACGCUGCCCGUAUACCAAAUACCAGACCCUCGAACUGGAAAAAGAAUUUCUUUUUAACAUGUACCUCACGAGAGAUCGGCGUUACGAGGUUGCUAGAAUUUUAAAUUUAACCGAAAGACAAGUAAAAAUCUGGUUUCAGAACAGAAGAAUGAAAAUGAAAAAAAUGAACAGAGAGAGGGACAACAAGGAUCUUAACUGAAGCAAGAAUAGACUUGCUAGAAAAUAAAUGUAAGAGGACUUACAAUUUGGCUCUCCAUUCUGGAUGUCUGUGUGGUAUAUAAUGUAUUAUUCAUGGUGUGUGUGUGUGUGUGUGUGUGUGUGUGUGUGUGUGUGUGUGUGUGUGUGUGUGUGUGUGUUAAUGCAGCUGUUGGGUUUUCUUUGAUAUAUUGUCCAGAGUAUUUUGAUUUACCCAAAAGUAAAAUGGUGUCUGCACGCAUGCUUUGUUGCUAAAACACAGUGUUUAAUGAUUGUCGGGUUUUUUUUGCUUAAAAAAAUGAAGAAUGCUGAAUGGAAACAUCCUUGAAAUUGUGUUAUAGAUUAAUAGUGUGGUUGCCGGUGAGUUAUACCAACACAAAACUAAAAUGAAUGCAUAUUAAAUCACUUAGACUAUAGAUAAGAAUCGGCUGUGGGGUUCGUUUAUAUUUUAGGACAUGUCAGGAAUUUGUAAGAUCUACUGGCCUUAGUUAACCAUAAUAAAAUGAAACCGUAUUGUUUACAGCAUGUUUUAAUCAAGACAGGUAUCCACAGUGGGUGAAGAAUAUCAAUGCAAUACAGUAAUAAGCUUGGAGCAAUACAACAAACACAUCACCUGACCCGAGCCGGUAAGGGAUCAAUGUUUACAUAUAGGAUUUUAUUUUAAAUUUAUUUUUUCUUCAAUACUCACGGCUGUAUAAUGGAUUUUAAUUUUUGUAUUUUUUGUUUGUUUAUUUUUUUUAAAAUGUUGUAAAUGAAAGAUUUUCUUACAUGGACCAAGUUCUCAGAAUUAACAGUUUAAAAUGAAAGCUGUAUGUAUAUAUAUAUGUGUGUGUGUGUGUGUGCGCGCGAGAGCGCGCGCGUGUGUAUAUGUGGGUUGUGUUUAGAUUUAUUUUAUUUUAAACGAUGUGUGUAUAAAUGGACAGUUUUUCUAAUAAUACAUUAGCAGCAAAGCAAAUAUGUUUGUUCGACGAAUAUAUAAAUAAAGUUUGAUAUAUUAGAAAAGAGGUACCCAAUAAGGUGAUUUACUCUGUAUCCUAUAUUUUGCCCCUCAAAGAAGAUAUCCAGUGCCCUAUGCAAAAUAAAUGUUGGGUUGAACGUGAAGAAAUCGCAUUUGUUUGUGAAUAUGUCGCCACAUUACAUUUACAAACAAGAACGUUGUGUACCAUACAGUCGAGUAUUCAAGUUUCUUGUUAUUUUUUGGAAAAUGGAUCAAACUUUAAGACACACAUUUAACUU